UUCACGUUGCACCUAAUCGCUUUUGAAUUCUUCCUGUUAUUCCAGUGAUUAAGGCCUGGACUCAGGACUGGAGCUGAGGAGGUCCACGCUCAUGGAAGUAUGAACAGCUGCCUGGUGAUUACUCCGAACGGAUCGACUCGGGCGCUCAUCCCGGCUAAGCAAGAGUUUUUUCACGGACCUUACAUUGCAGCCGAAGUAACGAUCUCCGUCCUGUCUACAUCCGGAAAUCUGCUGGUUUGCAUCGCAGUCUGCCGAAACAAGAAGCUCAGAACAGUCACCAACUACUUCCUGGUCUCUUUGGCAGCAGCCGAUUUCUUUGUAGGCACGCUGGCCAUCCCCUGCGCUAUCAUGGCAGAUCUGGGUCUCCCCCACCAUAAUCUAUACCUGUGCACUGUUAUUGUCUACAUGCUCAUGACGCUGACCCAGAUCUCUGUCUUCAGCCUGCUAGCCAUAGCCAUCGAGCGCUAUUUGGCGAUCCUGUUGCCGUUUCACUACCAGAGGCUCCUGAAGCCGAGCAACGCUAGGCUAGUUAUAGUGCUAACCUGGUUUCUUGCUUUCCUUCUGAGCUCGGUGCCGCUGCUGGGCCUUCAGGACAGAUCCAGUCAUAUAGACUACUGCUUCUUCUCCUGUGUGGUGGACAUCGCCUUACUGGUGUACUUCAACUUCUUCGGUUGUGUUUUGAUUCCCCUGCUGGUGAUGUUUUUUGUUUACGCUCACAUCUUCAUUACCGUCAGAAGGCAGGUGAGGCGCAUCGCGGCACUGCAUAGCGCGUUGGAAGUGCAAGCUAGGCAAACUUCAGCGAUGCGACGUGAAGCGAAGAAGGCCACGUCUAUUUUCCUGCUGAUCUUCCUGUUCGUGCUGUGCUGGAUGCCGAUCCACAUUACCAACUGCUUGCAGCAGUUUUGCCCGCAGUGCGCCGUGCCGCUGCCUGUUAUUUUGACAGCAGUCAUCCUUUCUCAUGCCAAUUCGGCCAUUAACCCUCUGCUGUAUGCCUACAGGAUGAAAUCCUUCCGUCAGGCGUUUAAAGGCAUGUUCCUUUGUUGUCGAGUUGCUCCUCCAAUAAGUGAUACUACUGACAGCAACGGGACGUCGAAAAAAACAUAA